UAAAUAAAUGAACAAACCUUAUUUUGAUGAUUUUGACGGAUAGGAUAGAUAGAAUAGCAUAAUUUUUUACUAGGUGUUUUCACUUUUUUCUUAAUUUUUUUUAAGUUUCGUUUGAGAGAAAGGAAAGUGAAAAUGGUUGAUAAAUUAGUUAAUAGUGAAGCUAAUGCUCGCAGAAUAAAUAUGGUUGAGAGUUGUUUUGGAAGUUCUGGCCAGCCGUUAGGUGUUCCUGGUAGAGUACUGGUUGGAGAAGGUGUGUUAACAAAGAUGUGUAGGAAAAAACCAAAAACGAGGCAAUUUUUCUUAUUUAAUGAUAUUCUUGUAUAUGGAAAUAUUAUUAUUAAUAAAAAGAAAUACAAUAAGCAACAUAUCAUUCCGUUAGAAGAAGUAAAAUUAGAAAGCCUAGAAGAUGAUUCUUUGUAUAAAAAUGGUUGGUUAAUAAGAACUGCUUCAAAAUCAUUUGCUGUAUAUGCUGCAACUUCUGUGGAAAAAGGAGAGUGGAUGGCACACAUCAACAAAUGUAUUGAUGAUUUACUUAGAAAAAGUGGUAAAAAAGCUGUCGCAGAACAUGCUGCAGUUUGGGUACCAGAUGGAGAAGCGCCAGUAUGCAUGCAUUGUAGGAAAACCCAAUUUACUUUAAUAAACAGAAGGCAUCAUUGUCGUAAAUGUGGAUCUGUGGUAUGUGGACCUUGCUCAAGUAAGCGAUUCCUGCUUCCCAAUCAAAGUUCAAAGCCUCUCAGAGUAUGUCUACACUGUUAUGAAAUACUUACAACUGCUACAACGAAGAAUCACACGUUAGACUCGUCUAUUAAAGGUACAAAUGCGGAAUCUUCUGGAGAAGAUGACUCAGAUGAUGAUGAGGGUGAAAUGAAUAAACCUGAAGCUCACGACCUGCCCAAGUUCUAUGGCGAUAAUGAAAAAACCGAAUAAUAUUAAUCUACACCGACAUACUUUACUUCCACUUGGAUUCAUAUCUGACGUUAAAGUAAUUUUAGUUUGUAAAAUGAUUCUAUUUUUAAUAUAAACUCAUUGUUAUAUACACAUACACGAAAAUAAUAUUAAUACAUACAAUGAAUUGCCGUGUAAAUUAUUUAAAAAAAUUACAUAUAAGGAUAUAGAGAUUUUAAUUAAUAAAACAUAGUACAUUAUUUAUAUUCCACAAACCCGAAUAUAAAUACGAGCCCCAACAACUAAAUGUUCAGAUCAACGAAAAUUUAUUGAAAACUUUCAUCUUCACAAUCUUGCUUAUUGAAUUAAAAAACGAGAUCAACAAUAGGGCAUUCCAACAUGCUGUAAAAAUUAAACCAAUAUGGUUUAUAUUAGUUCUUAAUGUGUUUUAGAUCAUUUUAGUUGCGUUUAUUUGUAAUUUUGUUUUGUACAAGGAUUAAUUUAACAUUUUCACUGGAAGAAUCGAUUUAAAAAGAUAAUAUACCUCAUUUCUGAUGUGUUUUGAAGUGGUGUGGAAUGUGAAGUAAUCGUGAUCAAGUUCAGUUUUAUCGCUUACCAUCAGUGCUACAUUUUAAAUUUAAAACUGAACUAAAUAAGUUAUUAUCUGAGAAACAAAAACAAUGGUUAAGUGAUAUAAAAUGUCCUAUCAAAAAGCUAAAUAACUAACUAUGUCCGUGUUAUAUACGCUUGGAAAACUGUCUCCACUGUAGGUUAACUCAGACUCCUUGAGGGAAAAAUGAAUCUAUAUUAUUAAUUUUGUCAAUCUUUUGCUUGUACCUACUAGCAACAUCUGUAUUGUCUACCAACAACUUUCGAAAAUAUUCACCCAUCUUUAUUUAUUCACUGCUUAAAACUAAGUAAAGUCGCUCCAGUACUUGUACAACUAAAAACUACACAAAAUCGACAACAAAAUGUUCUCAAAAUACAACUAAAACACUAUUAAAGAUAAAAAACUUAAGAAACACAAUGACAAAUAUAAACAAAUACAAUUUUUCUCUCCCAUCGCAUCUAAACUUCAAUGUCUUGGAGUGCCCUAUACAUUAAAGUCUAUCAUUAAUAAUAAAAUAUUUAUUGGCUUGAUUUCUAUAAAUUUUGAAUGGCAGUGUUGGUAGAAAAUACAGUAGGAAAAAUGAAAGAAUACCCAUGAAUGAACAUAUAAAACACGCUGUAUUUUCCUGUCACCGUGUCACACAAAAAAUUGGCCAGCGCAAGUACAUGUAAUAAUUAUUGUUACAUGUACUUGCACUGGACAAUUUUCUUUGUGACACGCUGACAGGAAAAUACAGCGUAUUUUAUAUGUUCGUUCAUGGGUAUUCUUUCAUUUUUCCGACUUGUAAAUGAAAAUAUUGCAUAAUACAGUUCACCAAAUAUAGCUGAAAGAGUGAAAACGCGUGACGAUCAUGAUGCGCAUUCAUCAAACGACGGACCUCGCACUCGCACUGACGGUCCAGACCGUUUGUAUGUGCGUUCUCACUUUAUUGUUAGCGCAGGCAAUGGGAAUUUCACACUUUCAGCUAUAUUUGGUGAACUGUACCGUGGCAACUAAACGUUUGGACAAUUCAAGAAAUUACUAUUUUAAUAUGAGAUUAGUAAUAUGAGAUUAGUACGCAGUUUCUGACUCAUCAUAUGCUAAAAUGUGUCAAUAACAUUAACGUCGGGACUCCUAGAGUACUUUAAUGUUACUGUCUCCAAACCAUUUUUUAGUUAUUUUAGCAGUAUUGCAUGCAGCACCGUCCUGCUUAAAUAUAAAAUUCAAUUCAUGGUAGAGUAAAAGUAUUUUUCAAAAUUUCUUGGUACUAUGCUGCGUUAAUUGUGCCUUCCACCACCUCAUAUCUUCCUAGUCCCGCUGAUGACAUGUACCCCAAAAUAAUAAUUCUUUUGCGAAACUUCACAGCUCUUUUGAGCCAAUCUUUAUGGAAUGCUUAAUUUUGACUUCUGAUAACCUGUUUUCGUAACUCCCCCACGCAAACAUCAAAUUUCGAUUCGUCACUGAAUAUGACUCUGGUCCAAUCAUCAACGGUCCAUGAAAUCUUCGAUCUUGUCGAAUUGAAGCGAUUCGUUUAUUGCUACUCUAUUAGCAGGGGUUUUUCCUUCGGCUAAAACAUUACGAGUAAUGAAAAAAUUAGCCAUUUACGAUUCAAGUUUAUAAAAACUGAGUCCUGAUUUGUGUAUUCUGACCUGUAUUUAUGUAUAAUUAUGUACCGUGUAUUUCCUGCAGCACUUUCUUGAUAAAUUUUUUCCUGUUUUUGCGUUCCAUUGUGCUGUGAUAGCUCAUUAGUGCAGUUAUUGAAGCUUUUUAGCUCAGAAAAUUUUUACUAUGAACCUAUUUACAUAAAAUUUUGGAAUUAGGCUUAUCCCACCCUUAACUUCAAAAGUGAUAUUGAAACGAACUCCGUUUUCACUUUGGGGGUGGUUGCCACCCCUUUUUAGUGGUGGAUUUUUUUUUUUCAAAAUAACCUCAUAUCGAUAGAAGACCUAAUUUUAAGCAAAAAAUGUUGUAUAAAGUUUUUUCAAAAACCCAAUACUUUUCAAGUUAUUAGCAAUUGAAAAUUCGGAAUUUUCUCACGAUUUUAAGAAAAAAAAAUUUCGAAUUUAAAAAAAAAACAUCUUUUCAUAAUAUCUCAAAAAUAAUGAAAGAUACUUAUAAAAGUGUAAUAAUAAAAAAAAUAGGUUUUUUUUUUGGCAAAAAUUAUGGUUUGUUUGUUUUUCCUAUCACACAAAAAUUGACGAAGAUAUAUAUGAUUGAUUAAAGAGCGCGCGGUAGCGCAACCACCGUCUCUCCCGAGCCCUUUGACCCUUCACCGUUUCAAAAUAAAAGGUUUUUCACUACAUAUUAUGAUGAAAAAAGUUGUAGCUCUUUUAAUUACCUUCAAAAUGGUUGUUUAUAAGUUGUGAUAGCUUCAAAAUUGAAGUAGUUAUGACCUAAAAUCUAAAUCAUACAUAUUCAAUGUUUUAAUUUAGGGGUAGUUUUAAGGGUUAAAUAACUUGAGCAUAUAAUUUUCCAGCAUAUCUUUUUCGAGAACGUGGAACGAUAUUUAAAUCCUUUUUAGUUUAUCAAAAGAAAUUUUUUAUACAAUGUUUAAUUGAGGGGUUGAUUUUAAGGGUUGAAAUGGGUUAACAAUUAAAUAAUUAAGAUAGAGAACGUAAAAUAUUAUUUACUCUAUAUUUAAGUCUUCUUGUCAAACCAAAUUAAUUUUUUGUAUUUUUUUUUCUAUUUAGGGGUUGUUUUUAAGGGUUGAAAGGGGGUUAACAAUAUGAUAAUUAAAAUAGAGAACGUAAAAUAUCAUUUACUCUAUAUUUAAAUCUUUUUAUAUCAUACUAAAUAAAUUUUUUGUAAAUUUUUUCGAUUUAGGGGUUGUUUGCAAGGGUUGUACGGUUUUCAAGGGGAUGAAAAUGAGUUUAGAGGUUAAUGUGUUAGAAAUCACUUCACAAUGUCACUCUUUAUUAUUAAACACGUUUUCUGGCGAUAAAAUGGAUCAAUGUCAAUUUUUCCAUUAAGGGGUUGUUUUCACCCUUUAAAAAUAAAAAGUUCGGGUCAAUAUCACUUUUAAAGUUAAGUGUCAGAUAAGCCUAAUUCCAAAAAUCUCAUGUAAAUCGGUUCAUAGUAAAAAAUUUCGGAGGUAAAAACCUAUUUUACGCUUCAAUGAUUGCACUGCGUAAAGUGUUGCGACUGCCCAGUUUGCAAAUUUUCACUAAUAAUCGUCGAUCCGUAUCGAUCGGACACAAUUCCCGGUCUACCCGAAGUUUUCUGUUUAAAUGUGGCUGUCUUAAAUACAGCCACAACUGUAAACUUGGCCAAAUCUGAUUCUUCAGCAAUUUCUCGUGAAUUUUUACCCUAACAAUAUUUUUUAAUUAUUAAUUGGCGAAAUUUAGUAAGUGUCGCACUUCCUCUGAUCAUUUUUGAAUAAAUAUUUUGUCAGAGCUUUUCGCUAGAGCAGUGGUUCUCAACCUUUUUGAGUCAUGUACCAUAAAAUUCUUUUUCUUAUUUUUGGUACCACCUAGCUAUAUAGCUAGGUAAUAUAAUUAACUAUAAAAAGUAUCACAAAGAAAAAUUCCUGUACUGGCUGUAUACCAUAAAUAACAAAAAAUAAAAACCUUAUCUUGUAAAAGGUAUAUUUAAAAUCCCUAAAAAGGGCUGUAUCACAAUAAAACGUUUUCGGAAUCAAUAUUCCAUCAUCAGUGUUAGCACCUAAAAUAAAUAUAACUCUAUAAGUGAAACAAACGUGAGGUUAAAUUUUGACAAGGGUAAAAAAGUGAAUAUAUAGUUAUACUUACAGGUUUACAUGCUUUAAGCCACCAAAAUGUACAGUUGGGGUUACAUUAUAUUAUCCGAUUUAAAGGAUGUUAAAAAUAUUUCCAGAUUAACCCCUGGCAUCACAUGACAUCAACCAUAUUGGUUGGGAAAUUGUAGGUAGAACCUUACAUGGCAGAGUUUAGGUGACAACUGACCGGAAUGGCCCCUGGCCCCCCGAAGGAUGUCAGCACUAGAUUGACACCGUACCUUGACAGAAUGUAAUAAUAUGUUCCUUCUUUCAUCACUACUUCUUUUUCCUUUCUUACACACUAAUAACCUUAUAUCCUUCCUGUCCCAUCAUUGCUAGUUUUUCAUCUCCAGAUACUUUGAUGUCGGGUCUCUGGAUUUCUCAGUCUCCUUAUUACUACUUUUCUUAUUUACAUUCACAUCUAGUAAUACAUAUUUCUUCAGCCAAACUAAAUAUAUAUCAUAUUUUAUCUAUUUUGUUGGACCCUUCUAUUAAUAAAUUACACCAAAUAGUAAGCUCAUAACAUCAGCUUAACUAAUAUCUUAGAAAAGUAUAACUCUGUAUUUACACAUUUAAAAUUUUUAAUCCUAUGUAAUGAUAAUUGCCUACCCUAAAGAAAGUAUUAAUUCACUUCUGUUUGAUUCUAUAAUUUUUAACUUUUAUCCAUCAUACUUGUUCAGGGUAGAUUAAUUUUAAUCCCAACAAAUUUUUUCACUACUGUUAUUAUUUUAAAUAUUAACAAAAAAUUUAAAUUCUUUUGGCUGAAGUAACUACACAUAUUAUUACAUUCUGUCAAGGUACGGUGUCAAUCUAUUGCUGCCAUCCUUCGGGGGGCCAGGGCCAUUCCGGUCAGUUGUCACCUAAACUAUGUCAUGUAAGGUUCUACCUACAAUUUCCCAACCAAUAUGGUUGAUGUCAUGUGAUGCCAGGGGUUAAUCUGGAAAUAUUUUUUACAUCCUUUAAAAUCGGAUAUAAUGUAACCCCAACUAUUUAAAAUCAAUUUAAGGGUUCUUACCCGUACAUUUUGGUGGCUUAAAGCAUGUAAACCUGUAAGUAUAACUAUCUAUUCACUUUUUUACCUUUGUCAAAAUUUAACCUCACGUUUGUUUUACUUAUAGUUAUACUUAUUUUAGGUGAUAACACUGAUGAUGGAAUAUUGAUCCCGAAAACGUUUUGUUGUGAUACAGCCCUUUUUAGGGAUUUUAAAUAUACCUUUUACAAGAUAAGGUUUUUAUUUUUUAUAAUCAACUGUACUUUAUAUGCUGGAAUUUUAAGUAAUGGAUAAAAUAAAAUUCAACAAGACCCAACAAGGACAAGAAAAUAGAACAAGAAUUUCAAAUAAUCGAGAUAGCACUUUUCCUCGUGAAAGGCAUCUAACUUGUGUAUGUAGGAGCAAACUGUCGUGAAUACUUCCCAUUUCGGAUCACAAAAGUCUGCUGGUUUUGGCUGGGUUUUUGCGUUUUGUGUACCACAGCAAAUAAUGGUAUGUACCGCAGAUUGAGAACCGCUGCGCUAGAGGUUUGAUAAAGUAACUGUCAAGAAACUUACAAAGGUGACAUGGUGCCAAAUUGCGCUUUUACCCUGGGGGUAAAAAUUAUUUUAUUAAAAAUAACCCCACAAUUCGAUAGAGGGACAAAUUCUAUGCAAAAUUUGUUAUAUAAAAUUAUUAAAAUAAGUCAAAACUUUUUGAGUUAUUAAAGAUCAAAGAUUUUAAUUUUUCGUGAGAAAAAUGCAUGUUUUAACCGAUUUUUCAUAAAUAACUCAAAAACUAUAAUUUUUUACAAAAAAGUUGUUAUUAUCAAAAUUGAGGCUAAUAAAAAAUAAAAUAAACUUCUUACUAAAAAAACCUUCCUAUAUUAACUAAAAGUAAGUUAUAGAUAAUUGAAUGUAUAUUUCUUUCGUCGAGUACCCAAAUCUAAGUAUUCAAGCUUAAAUACCGGCAAAAUGAUGCAUUUUAUAACAUAAACUUAUUAAACAUUUGUCAAAGUUCAUAGAAAUAUCUAUCAAAUAAGCCCUCGAACAAGUUGAUAGCAUUAAAAUUUAUGCACCAAAAAUGUUUCAAAAUGUAUCUUUUAAAAAAUUUUCCAAAAAAUGUUAUUGUUUAUUUGUAAAUAACUCCGUUAAUUUUUAAGAUAUCAGGUUCACCUAAAAACUAAUUAAAAGUUGAUUCCAAGAGCUAUUAAAAAGUGUCAAAAUUAGUCUUCUAAACCUCUCACUUUUUUUAACAAUAAAAGGUUAAAUGGCCCCGGUUACAUGGUUCUCGCAGCAAAAUUGAAAUUUUAAACGUGUCUAUCUCGGUUAUUUUUUACUUACGGAAAUAGUAAAAUGGGUAAAAGUAUUUGGAUCAGAAAAAACUAAAAUUUAGUUAUAUAUUAUUUUUUACGUAUAUUGAGUAUUUUUGGUGUUAUUAUCAAAAGAAAAUGAAAAGUACGAUCAGUUUAAAAAUUCUGGUUUAUUUAAAUUGUUUUUCAAAAAUAUGCAUUCUAAACCGGUGAAAAUUGUUGAAACCAUUAACUACUAUGUUAACCUAAAAAAAAUUAUUGUGAGGAUUACUACAAAUUUUAAUUUUUGUGGAAAUGGCGUAUGUUUUAUUUUUCACUUUUUCCUAAAAAAAUCGAAAGGGUUCUCUUAUUUUCAUCAUAACUUGCUUAAUUUUGAUGCUAUUAACUUCUACUGGAGCUCAUUUGAUAGGUCCUCCGAAGUAAUUUGACAAGUUAUUAACAACUAAAUUCUAUAAAAUGCAUCAUUUUCCCGUUAUGUAAGCUUGAAUGCUUAAAUUUGAGUACUCGUCGAAAAAGAUAUACAUUCAAUUACCCAUAACUCACUUUGAAAUAACAUUAGUUUAGUUCUUUAAGUGGGGAGUGUAUUAAAUUUUUUAUUAUCUUUAAUUUUGGUAAUAAUAGUUUUUUUACAAAAGCUUAUAGUUUUUGAGUAAUACGUGAAAAACAGCUUUAAAACAUGCAUUUUUUUAAGAAAAAAUAUAAUUUUUGAUAUGUAAUAACUCAAAAAGUAUUGAUUUAUGUUAAUAACUUUAUAUAACAAAUUUUGCUUACAAGUUGCCCCUCUAUCGAUUUCUGGUAUUUUUUUUAUUAAAAAAAAAUUCACCCCCGAGAAGGGGUGGCAUCCACCUCCAGGGUAAAAGCGCAAGUUGGCAUCAUGUCACCUUUGUUCCUUGAAGUAUCUUCUAACUACUCACCAAUUUCCAUGAAAAUCGAUGAAGGUUCAACGAAAUCGGAGGUGAAAACCUUCAGUGACUCCACUAUAUAGAAACCAAGCCAUUCCAAUAUUUUAUUAUCAAUGAUAAACUUUAUUGUGUUAGUGAUAUAGUUCUUCAAUUCCAAGGCAAGGUUGUAAAAAUGAGCGUUUUCAAUAAAUUUUUGUUUGUCCGAACAUUUAGUUGUUAGAGCUCGUAUAUGAUAUUACUGUAUUUAGGUUUUUCUGUCUCUUUUUUUCGUGUGUAGUUUAGUCGAGAAUUAAUAUAUGUAUUCCACCAAGAUUGUAGCCCUAUCAGUAAGACGUGCUGAAUGUUGGUCUGUUAAAUAAGGAUCACACGGUAUUUACCACAGUUAGGUUUAAUACUGCAAUAAUUAACCAAGCUACUCUAUCUCAAUUAUCCGUCCAAUGAGCGGUGAUAUUAUAGCAACUCUCCGUAAUUCUGGGUUAUGGUGAAAAAAUUCUCUGAUUCGAUUUCAUGCGGAUCGAUUAAGAUAUGCUAUACUUUAUUUCACGUUAAGAACAGAAUGUUUGGCGUAUGCAGAUCAGUGUUGCCAAAACUCUCGGGCUGGUGCUAUUAGACUGUCGAUAUACGAUUCAUUCUAAUAAGACGGUUCGGCAUCGGCGCGCUUACAUAGCCCUAUCUAUGCAACGUUCCGUUCUUGACGUGAAACGCUUUAUAGACAGAAAAAUUUAAAUAUUGUAAUACGUAUAUUUUAAUGGGUUUAAAGUAUGGCUUACAAUUCCUUGAAUAAAUAAAUUCUGUUUGUUAAUAAAUCAAAACAUCUUUUUAUACAAAUAUGUGUAAUAAUAGUUUUGUAUUUUUAAAUUGUAUAUAUUGUAAGAAAUAUAAUGUCUACUAUUUAUUACAUUA